AAGAUGUGGUGACACUGCAUUGUAACGAACCUCAGCAACUUGAGCUGUGACUAUUUGGUCAACUCGAUCAAAGUCCUCUCUCUCUCUCUCUCUCUCUGCCCCCACCCCACACCGCCGCUCCCACACACAAAAAUGUCCGAGCAUCCAAUUCACUCCAGUUGGCUUCGAUGGGAUCCCUUCGGUAACUGCCGUUUCCCGAGCCGGCUUUUCGACCAGGAUUUCGGGCUGCCUCCCUUCCCCGAAGAACCCGCGGCGAGGGAAUGGAUGGAGUGGGUGGAGAAACGACUCGGGCCGAGCUGGGCGGGAGGCUUCGCACCCCCCUACCCGGCGGCUAGGGCCCUUUCUGGUCAGUGUCCCCCCACCUUCCCUUACGGGCGGCUCAGUGGGGGGCUGUCCGAAGUCCAGCAGACCUCAGACAGGUGGAGGAUCAGUCUCAACGUUAAGCAUUUCGCUCCAGAGGAGAUCCAGGUGAAAGCGAACGAUGGCUCCGUGGAGAUCUCAGGGAAACAUGAAGAAAGACCAGAUCGACAUGGAUUUAUUUCGCGCAGUUUUAUCAGAAAAUAUAAGCUCCCUUCGGAAGCAGACCUGUUGGCAGUGAACUCAUUCUUGACGUCCGAUGGAAUCCUUACCAUCGAGGCUCCUCUCCCCAAGCCGACUCUCAAGGCUCCUGUGGAGUUUGUCAUCCCCGUUCAGACAGAGGUGAAGCCCGCGGCUGAGAAGGACCAGGAGGACAAGAGGGAAGUGAGGCAAGAGAAGGAAGUGGGGCAGGAACAGGUCAGAGAGGAAGAGGUAGCCACAGAGAAACCAGAGCAGGAAAAGACCCCAGGCUCGGUCUGAGCGCCACUGACCGAAUUCAGGGCAAGAGUCUCCGCCGAUUUGUCUUGUGUGAAGUAAGAGAUGCUUUAGCGAAGUUAACGCAUGAUCAAACCAUAUCCCGUGCUUAAUGUACCGGAGACUGUAAACGAGAGCAAUGUGUAUCUUGCUACGAUAGAAUAAAGCAAUUCCGACCAAA